CCUCCUCUUCCUCUCUUCAACAUAGCAGACACCCCCUUGACCUCAGAUGACAGCAGAGCAGUAGCCCACCCUUCUCCCACUCCUGGUGGGUAAAGUCUUCCAGACCCCUGCAGACGCACACCAGCAGGACUUCCCUUUCUUCUGCAGGCUGCACCAACGCCAGCCGGACUCACCUGGAAAGAUCUCGGCUCGUCGUGAACAGAAGUGGGCCCAACAUGGCAUCCCAGACCCCAGCGCUCCCACAGUCCUUCUCUCCUGGGACAGACAGCGUCUUCUCUGACCAGUCGGGCUUCUAUUCACUCGACUCCAAUGUUCCUGGACUCUCUAAGGUGAUUCUCAACCAGCUCAGCAUGAAGGACUUUGGAGAAUACAGGGCUGCUGUGGAGGGAAAGACUAAAGGACUCUGGUUCCGCAACUACAAGGAGAUGUUCCAGAAGAUGGAGGAAACCUUCAAGUUCUGCGCCGGCUGCAACAAACUCCCGGAGCGUCUCGCUGAGGGACAGACGCUGAAGCGCUGCGUGAAGUGUUUGAAUGUGUACUACUGCACAAAGGACUGUCAGAAAAAGGACUGGCCUCAUCACAAGAAGGUCUGCAAAAUCCUGCGAUUGGUGGCCAUUGACCGGUUGGUGGAGUGGCUGAUGUUCACUGGAGAUCUUCCGUUCCCAACUGAGAAAUGGUCCAAAGCACCUGCCGAUGUGAAGGGUUGGGACGACUGGCUUCCCAUGCAGGAGGGCCUCACCCAAAGUCUGGACAGAGUCCUGUCCAGCGCCAACAUGGCAGCUCUGUGGAAGAACGCCGGCAGAACCCGGCCAGACGAUGACGACCUGAGACAGUCCUUAUGGAGGAUUCAGAGCGAGUUCCUAUCUCGGGUUCUGACCGUUGGAAGGGCGAUUCAGCAGUUUGGGCUGGACCCGUACCUGAAGCCCGUCACCGUUCACAUCGUAGGGGCCUCCCACAGCGAGACGAUGGGAGCCAGGCUGACUGACUACGACGAGCUGAGCCACAUGUUUCCUGGACACCAGGGCAUUGAGAUAGUGAUGGUGGGACCCGAGGUGGUGGACGGCUGCAUCGUGAGACCUCCGCUCAGAGCGUUUGGCCCCAAGCACAAGGUGUACAUCAGUGCCUAUAAGGGCCUCUACCAUCAGUUCUGGGAGGACGUGGUGGAGAAAGGGGAGGCAGCCAGGCCAGACGUUGUGGUCGGAUUCCACCCAGGUUUCCAUGCCAACCAGGGUUUGGUCCAGGGCUGGCUGCCCUCCCUCCUGCUGCUCAGAGACUACAACAUCCCGUCUGUCUUCACCAUGUUCAGUGACACGGAGCUCCAGUAUUCCCUGCAGAUCCUGCUGGAGCUGGAGAUGCACAUCAGAGACAGCGGGCCCAAUCCGUUCAGCUCCCAGAAACCGGAGCAGGUCCAGGCCUGUCCCAACAAACCGCCGGUCCACUGCAACUCCCACUGCGUCCGCUUCCAGGGCCUCCUGCCUCAGGACGACCUCCAGGGGUCACUUAAUGAUGAGGUCUGAUGAGGUCCCAACCAAUGUUGGGAAGAAAAUUAUGACUUUGUUCACCUAUUAUCAUGGUUUCAUUCUCAUAAUACUCAUUAUUCUUGUAUGAGUCAUUGUACGACUUUAUCCUUGUAAUAUUUUGACUUUAUUCUCUAAAUAUUAUGACUUUAUUCUUGUUAUAUUAUGAUUUCAUUUUCAUGGGACUUUAUUCUUCUAAUACUAUAACUUUAUUCCCAUAAUUUUAUGACUUCAUUUUUGUAAUAUUAUGGUUUUAUUCUCAUAACAAUCUGACUUUAUUAUUACAUUAUUUUUGACUUUAUUCUUGUAAUUUUCUGACUUCAUUCUCAUAUGAUUUUAUCCGUUUGAUAUUAUCACUUUAAUCUCACAUUAUUAUAACUUAUAACUUUAUUUCCAAUAUAUUAUGACUUUAUUUUUGUAAUAUUAUGACUUUAUUCUCUUAUUAUUUACUUCAUUCUCACAUUACUGUGACUUUAUUGUUGUUUGUUUAUGACUAUUCUCAUAAUAUAAUAG